GCUAUUGGCUGGGAGCCCGCGCACGCGGCGGAGGCGGGAAAUUGUGAGGGGAGAGCGGCGGAGGAGAAGCUGAGCUCCGAGGGCCCCCUGAAGUGGCUCCUGUUCCCCCGGCCGGUGCCCCCUGAUCCAGGAUGGCCCCACCCCCACCUGUGGGAUCAUCGCCCCCCCCACGGCGCAGCAGGAUUUCCCAUUGCCCACCCCUGGGAGGCUGUGAGGAAGAGGAAGAUGCCCCGGGACACUGAGGCAGAGCAGGAGCUGAGCAUGGAGAGCAGGGAGGACAAAUCCCCGGGGCAGAACCUGGUGGCAGAGGCCGUUUUGAGCGGCUCCACGGCGCAGGAACCCAACGAGGAGGAAAAGCCCCGGAGAUCCCGCAGGAGGAGGGGCUGCAAACGCAGAUCACAGGGAUCUGAGGGGGAAAGAGCCAGCCUGGGCCAGGAAGGCGGCCGGAGAUGGAGCCAGAGCUCAGAGCUGGUGCUCCAUGAGCAGGUCUGUGAUGGGGAGAAGCCCCAUAUGUGUGAGGAGUGUGGGAAGAGCUUCAGGUGGAACUCCAGCCUGAUCCUGCACCAGAGGAUCCACACCGGGGAACGGCCCUACGAGUGUGAUCAAUGCAGGAAGAGGUUUCACACCAGCUCUGAUCUCCUCAAACACCAGUGCACACACACAGAGGAGAGGCCCUUCCGCUGCCCUGACUGCGGGCAGGGCUUCAGGCGAAACACCCAUCUUGUCAGGCACCGACAAAUCCACACUGGGGAGAGACCCCACGAGUGUGGGGAAUGUGGGAAGAGCUUCAGGCAGAGCUCCACCCUUAUCAGCCACCAGAGGACCCACACUGGGGAGAGGCCCUACAAGCGUGGGGGAUGUGGGAAGAGCUUCGGCCGCAGUUCCAAACUGAUCCUCCACCAGAGAACCCACACUGGGGAGAGGCCCUACGAGUGUGAUAAAUGCAGGAAGAGGUUUCAGACCAGCUCCUAUCUCCUCCGGCACUAUCAGAUUCACACGGAGGAGAGGCCCUUCCACUGCCCUGACUGCGGGAAGGGAUUCAGGCAGAACUCCACCCUCAUCACCCACCGGCGCAUCCACACUGGGGAGAGGCCCUACGAGUGUCCCCAGUGUGGGAAGAGCUUCUCCAGCAGCUCUCACUUGACCCGACACCAACGGAGGCACCACUAAGGGAAGCCCUGCGAGUGCCCGAGUGCGGGAAGAGCUUCGUGCGCUGCUCCAGCUCCAUCCCCCACUGCAGGAACCACUUUGGGCACAGCCCUGGUCACCCACAUUCCCUGUGAUCCAUGCUGGGAGCACACCUCACUGCUUCUCCUGUUGGUCUGGCCUCAAUUUUCUUGUGCCUCAUCUUCAUCCCUUAAAAACUCCCAAAACAGGCUAAAUGAAGGAAAUUGAUCAAAUAUAUCUGAAGUCCCACCAUUUCUCAGGUGUUUGAGGAGGAAUUUAGGAUUUGGGGACACAUUCUGUGUGGAGUGCCCCUGUUGCUAAAAGGCGGGAAUUUGAUCUCACCCUUCUUAUGUUGCUAAGAACUCCUCCCCUGGCCCAAACCCCAACUCCACCCCUGGGAUUCCCUAUAAAAACCCCAGGCCCUGCCUUUGCCCUGUCUUUUGGGGUCAGAAAUGGAUUCUGGAGCUCUCUGAAACCAAGACCUGUCUCGUUUGUUCCCGGCACCGGCAGCUGCAGCCUCCGUGGACACCAUGAACUCAUCUGCAACAAUUCUGGAGGAUUUGUGGGUUCUGGGAGGAUUUUGGGCAGUGUUCUCCAUCUCUUUGCACUCCAAAAGCCAAGAGGGAUCGAUCUGUCACCUCAAAACCACUCAAAUCCCACUGAAAACAACUGAAUUUUAACCCAUAAAGGCACCAUAGCAGCUCAAAUUUCUUGUUCCCUUGUCAAAAACACUCAAUCCCAGGCCAAACUCACUCCAUUCCACAGCUGCCAGGGUGAGUUGGGUUUGGGAAAGGAUUGGGAGAAGUGGGAUCCCAAUUUGGAGUGGUGGGAUGGGGA